AUGCAGAGCGCCCGUGCGCUGCUGGUGCUGGCGGCGCUGUGCGGCGCGCGCGGCGGCCCCGGCCCGCCCGCGCCCGCGCUGCGCUUCGAGCACGCGCUGUACAACGUGAGCAUUCCGGAGAACAGCCCGCCGCGCACGCACGCCGCGCAGCCGCCCGCCGCCGACCCGCUGGGCCUGCGCCUGCCGGGGCCCGGCGCGCACGUGCGCUUCCGCAUCCGGCACGGCGAUCGCGACAAAUUCUUCAAAGCGGAGGAGCAUGUCGUCGGCGACUUUUGUUUUCUUUCUAUUCGCACGCGCGCGGGCCACGCUGACGUCUUAAACAGGGAGCGAAGAGACAAUUAUAGACUGGAGAUACGAGCCACUGCGCAGCUUUCCAACGGUCGGCAGCUCGAGGCGGACACGGUAGUGGACGUGGAGGUUACAGACGUAAACGAUCUCAGUCCACUUUUUUAUCCUACUGACUACGAAGCGACAGUCCAAGAAGAUGCUCCCCUACAUUCCAGUAUUGUACGAGUCUCGGCUGAAGACGCCGAUCUAGGUAUUAACGGUGAAAUAUACUACAGUCUAGCAGAACCAACCGAUCGGUUCGCCGUUCAUCCCACGAGCGGCGUGGUGACAGUGACACGUGCCUUAUCCGUGGUGGAAAGUUCGCGCUACGAGAUCACAGUAUUAGCCCAUGAUCGAGCUUCCUUAAUAACUCGUGGUGAGAAAGCACCGGCGGCUCGAGCGUCUUUAGUUAUACGUGUUAUUCAAGCAAACCUGCACGCUCCUGAAUUAAGAGUUCGACACUUACCUGAACUUAUCGAAAACUCGACGGCUGAAAUAUACGCAAUCGUAGAAGUUAAAGAUCAAGAUUCUGGAGAGAACGGUCGUAUCGCUGGGCUCGAGAUAGUCGACGGUGACCCAGACGGCCACUUCCGUGUCAGAAACUCAGCACAACCAGGAGAAUAUGACAUCGUUGUUCACGCUCUUCUCGACAGAGAGAGCGCGCCUCGUGGCUAUAAUCUUACAUUACGUGCAACAGAUGCAGGCAAACCACCUCGUUCCUCGUACUUAACGUUACCGGUUUUACUAACAGAUACAAAUGAUAAUGCGCCAAUAUUCAGCCGCGAAAUUUACGAAGCAAGUAUUCCUGAGACAGCACCACCAAAUACACCUGUUAUCCGUUUAAAAGUAAGUGAUCGGGAUGAAGGUCCCAACGCUCGAGUGUACAUUGAAAUAGUAGGUGGAAACGAGGGUGGUGAAUUUAUAGUUAAUCCAGAAACUGGUGUUCUUUACACUGCUGUAGAACUUGAUGCUGAAAAAAAAUCUCUUUAUACACUUACUGUCUCAGCUAUCGACCAAGGCAACGCUGGAACUCGAAAGCAAUCGUCGGCAAAAGUAAAAAUUGCCAUUCAAGAUGCUAAUGAUAACGAUCCUGUAUUUGAGCGAGAUGAAAUAGAAGUAACAUUAAUGGAAAACGGUCCAACCGGUGCAAUCGUAGCAAGAGUUGUUGCACGAGAUGCAGAUUCGGGUGAAAACGCGUACAUAUCCUAUAGCAUUGCGAAUUUACAACCCGUACCUUUUGAUGUAGACCACUUUUCUGGCGCUAUCCGAACGACUAGACUUCUUGACUACGAAAGUAUGCGUCGUGAAUACGUUUUGCAAAUUCGUGCAAGCGAUUGGGGCUUACCCUAUCGUCGCCAAGCAGAAAUGCGUCUAACUGUGCGACUUGAAGAUGUUAAUGACAACCGCCCGCAGUUUGAACGCGUCGACUGUGUUGGAUAUAUUUCACGGCGAUUAGCUAUCGGAUCUGAAAUUGUGACAUUAUCCGCAAUUGACUUUGAUUCUGGAGACGUAGUGUCAUAUCGUAUUAUCGGAGGUAAUGAAGACAAUUGCUUCUCUCUUGAUUCAAGUACUGGAGUUGUUGUACUUUCUUGCGACCUAGGUGAUAUAAGAACUGAAACACGUUUACUAAAUGUUACCGCAACCGAUGGAACUCACUUUGCAGAUGCAACUACUUUAACAUUACAUCUAGUGAGUGGUAGUGGUAGUGGAAGUGGCAGUGGAAGCGUUACAGAAUCUAACUCGCUAGAAUGCCGCGACACCUCAGUAGCACGUCGAUUAACCGAAUUGUUGGCUGCUGCCGAAAGAAGUAAUGCGCCAAUUGAUUUUGCAGAAGACUUUCCUUUAGCUUCAUCCCGAUAUGGUGAAAAUUUACACUAUCCAGAAUUCGUUGACUUUCCAGUGGAAGUCAAAGUGAAUGAAUCAGUGGCACUAGGGACUAGUCUAGUGCGCCUGAGGGCCCGUGAUCGAGAUCUUGGCUAUAACGGUCUCUUGGUAUACGCUAUUUCUGGUGGUGAUGCUGAUUCAGCGUUUCGUAUCGACCCAGAUACGGGAGAGCUUAAAGUUAUUGGCUAUUUAGAUAGAGAACGAGAAAGUGAAUAUUACUUAAAUAUAACAGUAUACGAUCUCGGACACCCACAGCGUUCAGCCUCGCGUUUGUUACCCGUUACAGUACUAGACGUAAAUGAUAACCCUCCGCGAUUUGAGAAAACACUUGCAAGCUUUAGAGUGACAGAAAAUGCUAUUAACGGAACAGCAAUAUUUCACGCAAAUGCCACUGAUCGUGACGGAGGUGAAUUUGGUCAUGUAACGUACAGCCUAAGUGGAGGAGGUGAAGGUGAAUUUUGUAUUGAUCGCGACACUGGGGUGAUGUCAGUUUGUGCUCCCCUUGACAGAGAACGACGCGCUCUCUACGAACUGACAGUACGGGCAACAGAUGGCGGUGGGUUGCGUGCAGAAGCUUUAGUCCGUGUCGCUGUCGACGACGUAAAUGAUAACGCUCCAAAAUUUGCUUUGCCAGCGUAUAGCGCUCGUAUUCGUGAAGAUGUACCGAACGGGACUUUAGUGGCAGUACUUGAAGCAUUUGAUCCAGAUUUAGGGGAUGGUGGAGUGGUAACUUACUCGUUGCCAGAUCAAUCGCCAGAUGACGUCGUUUUCACAGUUGACAGUACUUCUGGUACUCUACGGACAGCAAAACGACUAGAUUUCGAAGAAAGACAGGUUUAUGGUGUUACGGUACGUGCAACGGACGGAGGACGACCAGCGUUAUGGGCCGAAGCUACGCUUAUCGUAGAAGUAGCAGACGUUGACGAGAACGCCCACGCUCCCGUCUUCGCUGAACGACAGGCGUUCGCCGCGUCGGUGUCGGAGGACGCGCCCCCCGGCACCACGGUCUUCACCGCCACCGCUACAGACGCCGACCCGCCCGGCCGUGACUCUCGUCUCGCCUACUACAUUAUUGCCGGCUCUGGCAUGGCGCUAUUCUCCAUCGACGAUUCUGGGGUUAUUAGAACACAAACACCAUUAGAUCGAGAAACAACGCCUCACUAUUGGCUUACGAUAUGUGCACAAGAUCAUGGUUUAGUUCCGCGUCACACUUGCGUCCAGGUGUACAUAGAGGUGGAGGACGUGAACGACAUGGCCCCGUGGCCCGAGCAGGCGGAGUACGUGGCCGCCAUCCCGGAGCACUGCGCGGCCGGCACGCACGUGGCGCGCGUGCACGCCGUCGACAGCGACGCCUCGCGCACUCCCGCCAAGCUGCGCUACUCCAUCGUCGCCGGUAACCCGGAUGGGCUGUUCACCAUAGAUGAAGAAACGGGCGAGAUAACGACGACGGGGCGCACGCUGGACCGCGAGGCGGCGGCCGCGCACGCGCUGGAGGUGUCGGCGUGGGACGGCGCGCUGGCCGGCGCGGCGCGCGUGCGCGUGGCGCUGCUCGACAUCAACGACCACGCGCCCGCCUUCACGCAGCGCUUCUACGACGUGCGCGUGCCCGCGCCGCCCGCCCAGGACGACGAGGCCGCGUCUGCGGAGGGCGAGGAGAGCAGCUCGGAGACGGAGAGCGAGGCGGACGCGGAUGACGAGGACGAGGGUUCCGGCCGCCUCGCGUGGGACGAGUGGGACGAGGAGCCCACCGGGACCUACAUCAUUACCGUGGCGGCGCUGGACGGCGACGCGGGCGCCAACGGCACGGUGCGCUACAGCUCGCGCGCGCGCGGCGCGGCCCGCGGCGCGCUGCGCGUGCACGCGCGCUCCGGCCGCGUGUUCGCCGCGCCGCGCCUGCCGCUCGCGCCGCACCUCACCUACGACCUCGCCGUGCGCGCGUGCGACGGCGGGCCGCGGCCGCGCUGCGCCGUGUCGCGCGUGCGCGCGCGCGCGGCGGCGGCGGGCGGCGGCGCGGCGCCGCGCGUGCGCGCCGUGGCGCCGCUGCAGGCCGCCGAGCUGGACGCGCCCGGCUUCCUGCUGGCGCUGCUGCAGGCCUCCGACCCCGACGGCGACGCGCUCUACUACGACAUCGUCGAUGGGGAUCCCCGACACCAGUUCUACGUGGGCCGCGAGGACGGCAGCCUGGUGCUGGCGCGGCGCUUGCUGUGGGAGGAACAGGCGCGGUACUCGCUCAACGUGUCCGUCACAGAUGGAAUGCACACGGUUUACACGACGGUCAACAUAACCGUGAUCAACGACGCGAACGAGGGCGGCGUGACGUUCUCGCGCAGCGAGUACGUGGUGGAGGUGUCGGAGGCGGCGCGCGCGGGCGAGGCGCUGCUGACGCUGCAGGCGGCGGCGGGCGCCGGCGCGCGCCUGCUGUUCGGGCUGGCGGCCGCGCGCGCGCCGCGCGACCUGCGCGCCUUCCGCCUGCGCGAGCUCAGCGGCGUGCUGGAGCUGGCGCGCGCGCUCGACAGAGAGACGGCAGCGGUGCACGAGCUGACGGUGUGGGCGCGCGACCAGGCGCCGCGCGCGUCCGUCGCGUUCGCGCGCGUCACGGUGCGCGUGCACGACGCGGACGAGCACGCGCCCGCGUGGGGCCGGCGCCUGUGGGAGGCGCGCGUGGCGCGCGGCGCGGCGCCCGGCGCGCUGGUGGCGCCGCUGCGCGCGGCCGACCGCGACGCGGGCGGCGCGGCGCGCGUGCUGUACGCGCUGGCGGGCGACGCGGCGGGGCUGUUCGCCGUGGACGCGCUGGGCGACGUGCGCCUGGCGCGCGCGCUGCCGCCCGCCGGCCCGCGCGACUACACGCUGCACGUGCGCGCCGCCAACCCGCCGCCCUCCGAGCGCUCGUCCACGCUGCCGCUGCACGUCGUCGUCGUGGAGCCCGACGACGCGCCCCCGAGGUUCCUAUCAGACGACGUGGUGUGUGAGGUGUACGAGAACGAGCCCGCGGGGACGGUCGUCGCAACGCUCGAGGCGCGCAGCUCGUCGGCCGUCUGGUACACGCUUCAAGGAGGGGAAGGCCGGUUUAAUCUCAACCCCGCCGCCGGCGUUCUGUCGCUUGCCUCUCCGCUGGACUACGAGGCUCAAGACUUAUACAACGUUACCGUAGUCGCCCUCAACAUGGGUGGCGGCAGUGCGACGGCGCACGUGACAGUCCAUGUCCUCGACCGCAACGAGUUUCCUCCGGUUCUCCUUCGCCGCGAAUACCACGGUCGGAUAUCGGAGGCGGCGCGCGCGGGCGCGCUGGUGCUGGACGCGGCGCGCGAGGCGGGCGCGCCGCUGGUGCUGGCCACGCGCGACGCGGACUCGCCGGCGCACCGCCAGCGCGCCUACGAGCUGCAGCCGGCCGCCGCCGCGCUGUUCCGCCUCGACCGCACCACCGGCGCGCUGCAGCUGGCCGCGCCGCUGGACUUCGAGCUGCAGCGCGAGCACCGCUUCACCGUCAAGGUCGUCGAUAUGGGAAAUCCUCGGCUGCCCUCGGACAGUGUCGCCCAAGUCGUAGUGGAGGUCGUAAAUGUUAACGACUGUCCCCCGACAUUUACGCAAUCGACGUACGAAGCGACCGUUCUGCUGCCGACGGUGAAAGGCGUCAGCGUGCUGUCGCUGUCCGCCAGCGACCCCGACGACCCGGCCUCGCUCACGCCCCUCAAGUUUGACAUCAUCGACGGGGACGCGCGCGGCGCGUUCGCACUGUCCGCCAGCGGCGAGCUGAGCGUGGCGGAGCCGGGCGCGCUCAUCGCCUCGCACCGCCUGCGCGUGCGCGUAUCCGACGGGCUCUACUCGAGCACGGCUCGGGUCGAAAUUCACGUGCGCGAGCCGGACAACUCGGGACUCGCCUUCCAAAAGGCGGACUACUACGGCUCCGUCGUCGAAAAUUCCACCAAACCGGCCACCAUCACCGUGCUGAACGUACUAGGAGCCGCACUGAACGAGCACAUCGAAUUUCGGAUACUGAACCCGACCGAAGGGUUCGAGGUGGGCGCCACGUCGGGCGCGGUGCGCAGCACGGGGCUGGCGCUGGACCGCGAGGCGCGCGACGCGUACGAGCUGCUGCUGCAGGCGCGCAGCGCGGCGGGCGGCCGCGUGGCGCGCGCGCGCCUGCACGUGGCCGUGACCGACGUCAACGACAACUGCCCCGUGUUCGUGGAGCGGCCCUACGUGGCGGCCGUGCUGGCGGGCGCGGAGCCGGGCGCGCCCGUGCUGCGCGUGCGCGCCGUCGACGCCGACGCGAACGACAACGGCGAGGUUCGAUACGAGAUGAAGCGAGGCCACGGCGAACUCUUCCGCGUCGACCGACGCACCGGACAGAUAACUUUGAAGCAAACCUUGGAUGCGCACAAUCAACUCUACUCUCUGGUCAUAGCCGCGUUCGACGGAGGCACGCCGGCGUGCGGCGCGGAGGCGGCGGUGGCGGUGCGCGUGUGGGGCGGCGGCGCGGCGCCCGCCUGGCCGGCCGCGCACGCGGCGCGCGCCGUGCGCGAGGACGCGGCGCCGGGCUCGCCGCUGGGCGCGCCGCUGCAGGCCAGCUCGCCGCUGCGGCGCCGCCUCAUCUACACGCUGCACGACGGCGCCGCCGACCUCUUCGAGAUCCACUUCGACACCGCGCCCGACCGAGGGAGUGGUCCGUGCUCGCUGGUGGCGCGCGCGGCGCUGGACCACGAGACCGCGCCGGUGCACGAGCUCACCGUGCGCGCCACGGACGGCGUCACGGGCGCCUUCGCGGACCUCGCGCUCACCGUCACCGUCCUCGACGUCAACGACUGCGCACCCGAGUUCGACGACGACGAGUACCGCGCCACCGUGUCCGAGGCCGCGGCCGUGGGCGACCUGGUGCUGCGCGUGCACGCCUCUGACGCCGACAGCGGUGCGAACGGCGAAGUGACAUACUCGCUGUCAGCGUGGGGACCCGAGAAGAACGAAGAGGAGACGCCGUUCUCUAUCGACGAGGCGUCGGGGGAGAUCCGCAUCGCCGCCCCGCUGGACCGCGAGCGACGCGCCGCGCACCACCUGCUGCUCACCGCCGCCGACGCGGGUCGGCCGCGACUCGUCACCACCGCACACCUGUUCGUCACCGUGGACGACGUGAACGACUGCGCGCCGCGCAUGGAGCGCACGGUGGUGGCGGCGCUGGUGUCGGAGGAGGCGGCGCGCGGCACGGCGCUGGCGCGCGUGGCGGCGUGGGACGCGGACGCGCGCGACGCGGCGCGCCUGCGGUACGCGCUGGAGGGCGCGCCGGCCGAGCGCCGCGCGCUGGCCGUGGACGCGCGCUCCGGCGUGCUGGCGCUGCUGGACGCGCGCGCCGGGCCCGCGCUGGCGCAGCGCGCGCGCUCGCUCAACGUGUCCGUGUCGGACGGCGCGCACGCGGCCUUCGCGCGCGUCAAGCUGUCGCUCGCGCCCGCCAACCGCGCGCCGCCGCACUUCCCGCACCUAGUACACGAGGCGCGCGCGUUGGAAAAUCAACCUCCGCCGCUCUUACUCACUACGGUGAAAGCCUACGACGACGACGCCGGCGAGUACGGGACCGUGACCUACUCCAUACCGUCGGCUAAGCUCCGCGAGACGUUCGCGAUCGACCCGAACAGCGGCGCGCUCACGACGCGCGUGCCGCUGGACCGCGAGCGGCGCGCCGAGUGGGAGGUGCCGGUGACGGCCAGCGACGGCGGCGGCCUGCUGCGGCACACCACAGUGCGCGUGCGCGUGGCCGACCUCAACGACAACGCGCCCGCCUUCCCGCUGCGCGAGUACCGCGCCGCCGUGCGCCACGACCGCGCGCCGCUCGCGCCCUUCCUCACGCUCACGGCACACGACCCGGACGCGGGCGACAACGCGCGCCUCACCUACUCCGUCUACGAGGGCGAGCUGCGGACGGACGCCGCCGGCCUCUUCGCCGUGGACCCGCUCACGGGCGCCCUGUCCUUCGCCCGCAACGCCUCGGCUUUCGCGGCGCGCACGCUGCAGCUGUGGGUGCGCGCGCGCGACGGCGGCGCGCUGGCGGGCGAGGCGGGCGUGGCGGUGCGCGUGCUGGCGCCGGGCGAGCGCGCGCCGCGCCUGGCGCCGCCGCCGCCCGCCCUGUUCCUGCCGGAGGACGCGGCGCCGGGCACGCUCAUCGCCGAGCUGCGCGCCCCGAGCGGCGCGCUGCCGGCGCUGCGCCUGGCGCCCGCCGCCGCGCCGCGCGACCUGUUCGCGCUGGACGCCGCGGGCCGCCUCGUGCUCGCCGCGCCGCUGGACCGCGAGGCGCUGCAGGAGCAUGUCAUCGGCAUCAUAGCGGAGGAUGCGGGCAGUCCGGCAUCUGCUACGAUGGUUAUCACGACACUUCACGUACUGGAUGUCAACGAACACGCGCCCAGCUUCCACUCGCAACCCUACGUCGUACACCUCGCCGAGAACACGCCGCCGCACUCCAGCGUGUUACAAUUGAUGGCGGACGACCCGGAUUCGGGUUCAAACGGCGAAAUAAAGUUCUCCCUGGCGGACGGCGAGGGGGACGAGGACGCGGCGGGCGUGCCUUUCGCCGUGGACGCGCACAGCGGCUGGGUGACGACCACGGCGGCGCUGGACCGCGAGACGCGCGCCGAGUACCGCCUGCCGCUGCUGGCCAGCGACGCGGGGGCGCAGCGGCGUUCCGCGCGCGGCACGCUGGUCGUGCGCCUCGUGGACUACAACGACUGUCCGCCGCGCUUCACGCAGGACACCUACUCGGCCGAGGUGCGCGAGGACGCGGCCGCCGGCACGGUGGUGGCGCGGCUGGCGGUGCGCGACGACGACGUGGCGGGCGCGGCGCUGAGCUACUUCGUGGCGGCGGGCGACGCGCGCGCGCGCUUCCAGGUGCGCGCGGCGGGCGAGCUGUACGUGGCGCGCGCGCUGGACCGCGAGGCCGAGCCCGCCUACUCGCUGUCCGUGGCCGCCACGGACGGCAAGUUCACCGCCUACACCGCGGUGCACAUCACCGUGCUCGACGUCAACGACAACCCGCCGUACUGCGCGCGGCACCGCUACCGCGCGCGGCUGCCCGAGGACGCGGCGCGCGGCGCCCGCGUGGCCGCGCUGCUGACGCGCGACGACGACGAGCCGCACAACGCGCGCCUGCGCUACUUCCUCAGCGGCGACCGCGCCGACCACUUCGCUAUCGACAAGGAAACGGGCGUCAUCACCGUAGCUGCGACUCUGGAUCGAGAGACUAUCGCCGUUUACCACUUGACGGCGCACGCGCAGGACCGCGACCGCUCCGAGUGGGCGUGCAGCUCCGAGCUCGAAGUUACCAUCGACGACGUCAACGACAACGCGCCGCGGUUCUCGGCCUCCGUCUACAGCGUCACGCUACCCGAGGACGCCGAGCUCGGCACGCUCGUGGCCAAGGUGCACGCCACCGACGACGACCUGGGGGAGAACCGGCUCGUGCGAUACUCGUUCGUGGAGGACGCGAGCGACGCCUUCGAGCUGGCGGCGGACAGCGGCAUCAUCACGCUGCGCGCGGCGCUGGACCGCGAGACGCAGGCCGAGCACCGCCUGCUGGUGCGCGCCGCGGACGCCGGCCGGCCGCCGCGCUCCGCCACCGCCACCGUGCGCCUCACCGUGGCCGACGUCAACGACAACCCGCCCGAGUUCGAGUUCGAGCAGUACAGCGCCGCCGUGCCCGAGCUGGACGCGCCCGGCACCGAGCUGCUGCGCGUGCGCGCCACGUCGCGCGACUCCGGCGUCAACGCGGACGUGUACUACGCCAUCGUGGGCGGCGACGACCGCGACGACUUCGCCGUGCAGCGCUCGAGCGGCGUGCUCACCGUCGCGCGCCCGCUGGACUACGAGCGCAGGAAGGAGUACUUCCUGACGGUCCAGGCCGUCGACGGGGGCUCCCCUCCGCUCAGCGACCACGCCACGAUCAAUAUAACUGUCAUGGAUAGCAACGACAACACGCCCGUAUUUUCGCAAGCGUCGUACGGAGCCCGCGUUCGGGAGGACGCCGGUAUCGGUUUCCGUAUUCUGCAAGUCAUAGCCGACGACGCAGACUCCGGUAACAACGGUCGCAUUACUUAUUCCAUCGCGCGCGGUAAUCGCGACGGCAGUUUCACCAUCGACCCGGACACGGGAUACAUUUCCGUUUCGGCGGCAUUAGAUCGAGAAACCAUUCCGGCCUAUGUCCUGGAGGUUCGUGCUAAAGACCGCGGCGUGCCCGCUCUCGAGACCACCGCAGUAAUCAAUGUUGAAAUUUUAGAUGCGAACGACAACCCACCACUCUUCGAGCAGAACAACUAUACGGCAAUCGUGCAAGAAAAUAAACCUCUCGGUCAUACUAUUCUCAAGUUUGUUGUCGAAGAUGCGGACUCACCACCGAAUGCUGCACCGUACACUUUCGACUUUCAAUCCGGAAAUGAAAUGGGCGCCUUCCGACUGGAACAGGAUGGCUAUCUAAGAUCGGCGACGCGCUUCAACCAUCGUAUUAAAGACCGUUACGUGUUACAAGUACGAGUGUUCGACAAUGGCACACCGCCACUUUUCUCUGACGCAUGGGUCUACAUAAAAGUUAUCGAAGAAUCCCAGUAUCCACCUGUUGUAACUCCAUUAGAAAUCAUCAUCAAUUCUUACCUCGAUGAAUUUCCUGGUGGUGUCAUCGGCCGCGUUUUUUCUACUGAUCGCGACGCAUAUGAUUCCGUAUCUUACGCCUUAGUUCCAGUGGACGGUGCACCGUACCCCGCAAACGAUUUGUUCGAAAUCGACCCGCACGAUGGUACGUUACGAGCCGCUCCGAGGCUCGACGUAGGAGAUUAUCGUCUCAACGUCACAGUUUACGACGGAAAGUUUACGGGAUUCGCAAUCGUUAGAAUAUCAGUUCUGCUGAUAUCGGAUGAAAUGCUCGCACAGGCCGUCGUCGUUCGAUUUCGCGAAGUAACAGAUCGCGACUUUGUUCUCAGUCACAGGAAAGGGUUCGUGCGAGCCGUGAGCGAAGCGACCGAUUGCGAACCGAGCGACGUAUUGAUCGUCAGCGUCCAACCUUUCGGAGAGGACAUCGAAACCGAAACGAGUAGAACUCGGCGCCAAGUGGCACAAGAUUUGGACGUCGCUUUUGCAGUCCGAGCGCCCGGCACCGACGGCUUCCUACUGGCGGACGCGUUGCGGCGGCGCCUGCACGCGCACCUGGAGCGCCUGGAGGAGCGCGCGCGCCUCGUGGUGGAGGAGCUCGUGCGCGCCGCGUGCGGCGGCUGCGUGCACGGCGCGUGCGCCGAGCGCGUGCGGCUGCGGCCCGCGCCGCGCGCCGUGGCCACCGACGUGUUCUGCCUCGUGGCGCCGCCGCACAGCCUGCGCGGCGAGUGCGCCUGCGCGCGCGGCUUCACGGGCGAACGGUGCGAGCGGCCCUACACAGAGUGCGGAGACGACUGCCGACCGCCAGCGGCGGUCGCUCACCUGUCGGGCGACGGAUACCUCGCCUAUCGACUGGAGCGAGGCGUCGUGGAGGGAUCUCGACUCCUGGACGACGAUCUCAUAGUGAGUCUUCGGUUCCGGACGCGACGACCGCGCGGCACGCUACUGUACGCCGCGGGACGCAUCGAUUUCGCCAUUCUCGAGAUAAUCGAGGGGCACGUCCAGUUCCGCAUGGAGCUGGGCGCGGGCGAGGCGCGCGUGCGCGCCGGCGGGCCCGUGGCCGACGGCGCGUGGCACGACGUGCGGCUGGAGCGGCGCGGCGCCGGCGUGCGCCUGGCCGUGGACCGGCGCGCGGCGCAGGCGCAGGCGCCGCCGCCCGCCGCCGUGCUGGACGCGCGCGCCGACCGCUUCCUCGUGGGCGCCGCGCUGCAGCGGCACGCGCACGCCCUGGCGCCCGAGCAGGUGACAUACGGAUUCCACGGCUGCAUCUCAGACAUGAAACUGAGCGGGGCGACGCUACCACUGGAAGAAGGCGGCACGUCCAACGACGGGCGCGCACAGCUCGUGCGGCGCGUGCGCGUGCGCGUGGCGGCCGCGUGCCCCGCGCUGCCCGCGCCCGGGCCCUGCGCCGCGCAGCCCUGCCUGCACGGCGGCACGUGCCGCGAGCUGCCGGACCUGCUGGAGGAGCUGGCGGGCGCGGCCGAGGCCUACGAGUGCGUCUGUCACGCGCGGUUCCUCGGGCGGCACUGCGAGGUGGACGGCGACCCGUGCGCGUCGCAGCCGUGCCUGCACGGCGGGUUCUGCUCGGCGGACGGCUCGGGCUCGUUCCGCUGCGCGUGCGCGGCCGAGCUGUCGGGCGCGCGCUGCGAGCGCGGGCGCUGGUGCGCGGCCGGCGUGUGCGCGCACGGCGGCUCGUGCGAGGAGGGCGAGUGGGGCCCGUCGUGUCGCUGCCGCGGCUACUACGGGCCGCGUUGCCAGUACGACGUCGACGAGUGUGUCGGCGAGCCCUGUCUCAACGGAGCCACUUGUCUCAAUGAGCCGGGAUCGUUUCGAUGUCUGUGCCCGCCCGACAAAACGGGUAUGAACUGCGGCAACCCACUGUACUCGGACGCGGUGGUGGCCGGCGAGGCGGCGGGUGGCGGGCGCGCGCUGCACGAGCUGUGGCGGUGGGCGGUGCGCGCGCGCUGGCCGCUGGGCGUGGCGGCCGCCGCGCUGCUGCUGCUGCUGGCGCUGGCGCUGCUGCCGCUGCUCCUGCGUCACAGGCGCCGCGCCCGCGCGCCCGCCGCGCCGCUCAACAGCGCCGUAGAGAAACUACCGCCGCGCGCCUCCAAGCUGUCCAACCUGGAGGCCGUGCGCCGCGGCCGCCCCGCCUCUUGUGCCGAACCGCCGCCGCUCAACAACAUCGACACGCUCCGCUCGUACGGUUCCGCCGGCGACGAGCUCGAGGGCAUCCCGCCAGACUACUUGCGCAACCUCAACAUCGAGCCCGUGGACCGCAAGCCGUGGUCGGAGCAGAUGCACCUACACACCUUCGCCGACAACAAGAUAUACAAUGAUCUGAAAGGCUGCAACACGCGGGCGCGCGCGCCGUCCCCGGCGGCGGCGCGGCGCGGCGCGGGCGAGCCGCACCUGGUGGGCGGCUACCACUGGGACUGCUCCGACUGGUGCGGCGGCGGCGGCGCGCUGCCCGGCAUCAGCGAGGUGGCGGGCUCCGAGCGCCCCGACUCUUCCUCGCCUCCCUCGCCGCCCUCCCCGCGCUCGCCCCGCCCCGCACGCCUUUCGCCGCGAAGAACGCUGCCGCUCGACACCGACUCUGCGACCGACGACCACGAGCCUCUCCGGUUUACGGACGCGUCCUCGUAUCUUCUGAACGCGGACGAGUACUCACCGGCCGGAGACGAGGGGACGCUACGAGCUCGCACUAUACGCGAACCAGACGCCCACAGCCUGAUCACGAUGCUAGAGGAGAGGCACUCGCUCCUGGGCGACGAGGGCUCCUGCAGCGACCUCUCCGCCAACCUGUGCGAGAUCGAGGACUCGGAGGCGGAGGAGCCGCCCGCAGUGCCGCCGCCGCCCGCGCGCCACACGGACGUGUGA